AUGCCAAUACAGUAUGCUCAUCUUUGUCCUGUCCGUGCCUUUGCCAAGUGGUUGCAUUUCUCCCGGGUCAAGAAAGGUUAUCUAUUCAGAAAAAUCCGACAGAAUGAUCGGAUAGCAGAAGAGAACGAGCCAAUGACCUCUGAGCAGUUUCUAGAGAUGUUCCGUAACAAUCUCAUUGAUAUCGGAACCGAUUAUUUUCCAUACGGGACUCAUUCCUUUCGUCGUGGUGGAUGUCAAUGGUUGUCAGUGGAACGUCGAUGGCCACUGCGCCAGAUUUGUGAGUGGGGUGGCUGGAGCCAGGAGUUCACCCAUCUCACAAUUGUCAAGUAUCUUAUUUCGUGGAAUGAUAACCCCACCGUAAAUCGCUAUGAUUUCUUUAAUAUGCACCGUGCUCCUGCUACUGUAUGCCCUACCUGUAACCGAUCUUGUCAUUGUAGUUAA